ACUUUAUCCAAACAGUCAUGCCAGCCAGCCAGCCAGCCAGCCAGCCAGCCAGCCACUCAGUCAAACAUGCAGCUGUUGUGUCCUGAGCCCAAUACAUUCAGCUGUAGCCCUGUCGAUCCAACCAGCCAUACACACAGUAUCUCCCCACUGUCCAGCCCCAGUUAAGUAUUCAACCACUCAGCUCCUCUCCUUCCUGGCCCUCCACCCCCCCAUGCAGACUUCCUUUUCUGCCCCAGGAUGCAAUGAAGUGACGUGCCUACCAGCGCAGUGAGACCGUCCAUGUUCUGAUGUGUUUUGCUCUGAGGAGAUUACAAGGAAACAGCUUGCCAGGGGCAGGCAGCUGCUGUUUCCCACAGCUUGCAGCAAUUGGGGGGAACGACAGCAGGAUGCCGUGGGGGCGAAGUGGUACGGCGGCCCUGCUGCUGCUCACGGGCAGAGCCAUCGCAUGGGCCAAGGCCAGAAAUCCCAGCCCCACCGAGAUGAGCGUGGAGCCCUGGGCCAGCCCGCAGGACCAGGCAGCCGCUGAGCACGCACACAGCACGCACACGCCAUCCUCCCAGGAUCAGGAGCAGCACCCCGACAAACUCUGCCUGGACUCGUUCUGGAGUGAGGUGGAGACCAUUCAACAGGGGAGUGGCUACGCAGACCUCGACAGCACCAAGAGGGACUCCAGACAGUCAGAAGAAGGCGAACAGGAGGAGCAGUGGUUGGCCGAUGCUGGUUUAUCGACCCUCAUAAGCGAGGACAGCGAGGAUGUAGACAACGCGGUGCUGCUGUUGACUCUGACCCGGACCCAGGCCGAGGCCGUCCAGCGGCGACUGGAUUCCUACACGCUGUCGCGCCGCAAGAGGAACAAACCUGCACCGCGCGACGUGCGUGAUAUCUUCAACUCCCCCAUCACUCAGACCCUUCUGCCUGAGUCCCAGCAGAGUGAAGACCCUGCCCAAAACAGCAUGGCAUCGGUUGCCAAAACAACACUAUCAGCUGUGACAGCGGAGCAUCACCGAGGCACUCCCAAAGAGGAAGUCUUCAUCACCGAUGUGGCUUACUGCGAACAGGCCGUCAUCUUCCUUAAACAGGCCAAACUGCCGCAGAACAAAAGCCAGCGCAGAAAAGAGGAUGGCACCCUGCCUCGGGUGAUCUGCCCUAAGUGCCGUCUCGGGGUGACUCGUGUUCAGGAUCUCUCCCACAGUGACAUGAAGAAGGUGCGUCAGCUGGCUCUCAUCGACAUGACGGCGCUGUGCGACCUCUUGGAGCUGGAGGUCAAAAGGCACAAAACCAGCAAGAGGAAAUUCCAGGUAUGCCCGCUCUACGGGGUGCCGCUGGCGACGCUGCUGGAGAAUGAUCAGAAAAUAAAGCCCAACACCUCGACUCCUCUCUUCAUGCAAGCGCUGUUGUCGUUUUUGGAGAAGAAAGGUGUCGAUUCGGAGGGAAUCCUACGUGUUCCAGGAUCUCAGUCCAGAAUCAAGCAUCUGCAGCAGCACUUGGAGAGCAACUUCUACUCAGGGCAGGUCAGCUGGGACGAGGUGAGUCCUAACGACGCCGCCGCGCUACUCAAGAAGUUCAUCCGGGAACUGCCCGCUCCUCUGCUCACCGCCGAGUACCUCAACACCUUCAGCGCAGUCAGAGACAUCACAGAGCUGAGGCAAAAACUCCACAUGUUAAACCUGCUCAUCCUGCUGCUGCCCGAGCCCAACAGGAACACACUGAAGGCCCUCCUCGAGUUCCUCAGUAAGGUGGUUUCCAGGGAGAGGAGAAACAGGAUGAACCUGUGGGCCGUAGCAACCAUCAUGGCUCCCAACCUCUUCCUCCAUAAGGCCGUCCCCAGCAGACUGACUGAGGGGGCUGAGAAAGGGCAUGCAGAGAAGGCAGCUGAUGUCAUGAGGCUCCUCAUCCGCUACCAGGACCUGCUUUGGACGAUCCCUAAUUUCCUGAUGAGCCAGGUGCGUAAGCUGAAUGAAAACAGUAACCGGCGUUACCAGUUCUACGAUCGCCGCAUCAAGAACCUGCUGAGGAAGAUCCACACAGACAGCCGCGAAAAACCUGAUAAAAACGCCUCAGAUCCGUGCCGUACGGUAAAGAUCCAGGUCGGAGAUCUAGUGAGCGGCACAAUGGAGUUCCCGUUCAACGUCAACUCCCGAGCCUCAGACCUGCUCGCCCAGUUUCAACACCAGUCCCUCCGCAGCCCCGACAAUGGAAAGGGCAAAAUGCAAAGAAAUGGCUCUGUGGCGUAUCCGGACUGUGCCUUGUAUGAAGUGGGAGGGAAUAUUGGUGAGCACUGCCUGGAUCCCGACGCACACCUUCUGGAUUUGUACAACAGUAACUCUGGAGGAGAGUGGGUCAUUAAGCUGAAACCCAACGCCAGCAGAGGGCUGUGAAGGAUGGGAAACAACUCGCCGGAAAAGGACAAAGGCAUAGUGUAAAAAAAAAAAGGAUCAAAUCCAUGCAGCCCUCUCUUCUUGUCUUUUUCGUCCUUGGAUCAACAAGGGAGAAGGAGACAGAUGGAGGAAACAGCAACAGAGAGAUAGAGAAUCUGCCAGGAGCAGAGCCUAAAAACUGGGUAUAGUCAGAUGAACACACUUUGCCCCCCCCCCCAUCUUCCUUCUAUCUUUUUUCCCUGUGCUCCAUCAUACCUCUCCUGCGUUGCCGCGGGGAUGCAACGCUGCAAGUAGAAAGCCACUGACGUGACUCAUUACUUCAUACAGAGAAACCUGCUGCAUAGAAAAUAGACGAGAGAGAGAGAGAGAGAGAGAG